AUGGUUAAAGGGAAAGGAAAGCGCUCCUCGGGCGAAGACCAGAUUGUGCCUGAAGCCAGCGUUUCAGCUCCCGAUGUCCAACCUACGCCGAACAUGCCGGACGAGAGCGCCUUCGCAGGUCUCCGACAGAAAAUCGAACAACGUCUGAAGAACCAGAACCAGAACUCCGGCAAAGGAAAAGGAAAAGACAACAAGUCUAAAGCGCCUACUGAGGAUGCUUCUACAAAGAAAGGGAAACAAUCCCCCGCCAAGCCCGGCAAAGCCCAAGACGCUGCACAAGGCAAGAAACGGGAUCGCAACGGCGAGGUGAUUGCUCGGGAGGAGAAGAAGGGUGGAAAGAACAAGCCAGAGAAGCCCAAGGGCUUUAAGAAGAGCAAUGAUGAUGAGACCCUGCGCCAGGAGAUCCUCGCUAUGGGCGGUACCGAGGAAGAUCUCGAUCUUCUUGCUGGUGUCGACUCCGAAUCCGAGGUCGAAGGCGAGGUUCCCAAGUCAAAGGGCAAGGGUGGUGAUGAAGACCUCCGCAAGCAACUUUCCAGUAUGCUGGAGGCUGCUGGCCACGUCGUGCCAGAGGACCUAGAAGAGGAUGAAAUUGAGGAAGAGGUCGAGGAAGAGAGCGAGGAGGAUGUCGAGGCCGAGGAAAGCGAAGACGAUGCAGAGAGCAGUGGCCCGGAAUCAGAUAUCGAGGAGGCACCUGCCCCAAAAGACAAAGCUGAAAUUCCCAUUCCUAAAGAAUUUGCGAAGCUGAACGUUGCUCCUCGGGCCGAUUGGUAUAACGCACCUCUUCCUCCUCUACCCCCAACCACCAAGCAGAUGAAUGCCCUGCCCCGUCACAUGAUCGAUCGUAUCCACGAGCUUGGAAACACCUUGCUCCAGGAAGAAAACGAGCAAUAUGCGGCAGCCCAGAGAGCUUCCGCUUCUUCGUCCCACAAGUUCUACUCAACUAUCAUGGCGUCUGGUACCCUGAGCGAUAAGAUUUCCGCAUUGACUCUUAACGUCCAAGAAUCGCCUCUCCAUAACACCAAGGGACUGGAGACCCUGAUUGCCCUCGGAAAGAAGCGUAGUCGUGCGCAAGCAGUCGAAGUCCUGCGAUCUUUGAAGGAUAUGUUCGCCCAGGGUACUCUGCUUCCCAACGAUCGCCGACUUCGAUCUUUCGCCAACCAACCUGGACUCGUUGCAGCUUUCCAGGGUGCUGGUGGCCGGUGGAACGAUAAGGACCCUCUUCCCGGUGGUGUACAAAAGAGCCACCUUAUUGUCUGGGCCUACGAAAACAUCGUCAAGGAUCAAUUCUUCGAGAUUCUUAAGAUUCUCGAGAUUUGGUGUAACGACGAGAUUGAAUUCUCGCGGACUCGCGCUGUCAGUUACGUCUACGAACUUCUCAAGGAGAAGCCCGAGCAAGAGUCCAAUCUCCUACGUCUUUUAGUCAACAAACUGGGAGACCCAGGCAAGAAGAUCGCAUCUCGCGCAUCAUACCUUUUGCUGCAGCUCGAGCAGGCGCAUCCUCUUAUGAAACCCACUAUCAUCAAGUCUGUCGAAGAAGUGCUGUUCCGGCCCGGGCAGAGCCAGCAUGCCAAGUACUAUGCCAUCAUUACUCUCAACCAGACUAUUCUGAGACAGAAAGAAGAGCAGGUGGCUUCCCAACUACUUGACAUCUACUUCGGGCUUUUCCUUGUCCUUCUGAAGCCUCAGCGUAAGCACGAGGACAAGCAAGCAUCCAAGGGCAAGCAUGGAAAGCCCCACCACAAGGGAUCAAAGGGCAAGGGAGAAGAUCCUGCUAAGGGUCAGGCUCAGGACGACGAGAUGCGCGAGAAGCUCAUCUCUGGUGUCUUGACUGGUGUCAACCGUGCAUAUCCUUUCACUGACUCGAACUCCGAGCGCAUGUCGAAGCACCUUGACACCCUGUUCCGUAUCACCCACUCCUCCAACUUCAACACCAGUAUCCAGGCUCUUAUGUUGAUCCAACAGCUUACAGCUUCUAACCAAGUCGCUGGCGAUCGUUUCUACCGCACUCUGUACGAGUCCUUGCUCGACCCUCGUGUUGCUACAUCUUCCAAGCAGUCUCUCUACCUCAACCUCCUGUACAAGGCCCUCAAGAACGAUCUCAAUGUCCGACGAGUCAAGGCAUUUGUCAAGCGUAUCGUCCAGGUGCUUGGUUUACAUCAACCCUCUUUCAUCUGUGGUAUCUUCUUCCUGAUCCGCGAGCUUGAGAAGACCUUCCCAGGCCUUUCAUCCUUGUUCGACCAGCCCGAGGAUAAUGAAGAUGACGAUGAAGAGGUCUUCCGCGAUGUUCUCGACGAAGAUGACGAGCAGCCAGAGCCCACUGCCGUGGAGACCAAGCCCAAGGAAUCCACUAUGUACGACCCUCGCAAACGUGACCCCGAGCACAGCAACGCCGACCGAAGCUGCCUCUGGGAAUUACUGCCCUACACCACUCACUUCCACCCCUCCGUCUCCCUCAACGCUGCCAACCUCUUGGAGCACAACCCCAUGAGCGGCAAGCCCGACCUCACCCUGCACACCCUCACUCACUUCCUCGACCGCUUCGUGUACCGCACACCCAAGGCGUCCGCCCCCUCUCGCGGUGCUUCGAUCAUGCAGCCCCUCGCUGGCGGUGAAACCGCCGACCGCUUGGUCGAAGCCGGCAAGAAGGCGCAGAACGAACUGCCCCUCAAUACCGAGGCAUUCUGGAAGAAGAAGGCCGCCGACGUUGCCGCCGAAGAUGUCUUCUUCCACGAGUACUUCACCCGUGUCAACAAGGACAAGGAGAAGGUGCGCGCGAAGAAGGGCAAGGACGUCGACCCCGUCGCCCGCGAUGAAGAAGAAGACGUUGACGGCGUCAGCGACGACGAAGACGAGAUCUGGAAAGCACUCGUCGACUCCCGGCCCGAACUGGAAGCCGACGGAGACAGCGACGACGAUCUGGAUAUGGACGACCUCGAGUCUGCCUUCGACAAUUCAGAAGACGAGGGCGAAGGCGAAGGCGAGGACUCGGACGGCGGCGUUAUCUUCAACGACGAGUCAGACGUGCCCUCCGACGAGGAAAUGGCCGAAUUCAGCGAACCUGAAGAAGCCGCUCCCGCUCCCAAGACAAAGAAGGGCAAGAAGGCCCAAGACGAGGACGACGACUCAGACAACUUCGACAUGGACGUCUCAGAUGACGGAGCCUUCGUCGACAGCGACGAGGACCUCCCCUCGGACAUCGAGCUGGGCGGAAUGGAUCUUACUCCCGCGGAUGUUCCUGCGCCGGCCGAGUCAGAUCGCAAGAAGCGUCGCAAGCUCAAGCAGCUGCCGACUUUCGCUUCGGCGGACGACUAUGCUGCGCUGUUGGCCGACGACGACGAUGGCAUGUAA